ACUUCCGUGCGUCGCACUGGCAAAGGUGAAAAGAAGAGCGCAAAACCGAGUGUUGUUUUUUAAUUGAUUCGCGAAAUCUGGAUUAAACGCGUUUAACCGAACUGAGAUCUGUAACAUCCCGAAAGGAUAAGAGAGAAAAGAGCAGCAAAGUGCAGAAAGUGGGCGAGUAAUCCCGAUUGUUACUGAAGCGAAAGGGAUUUCUUGUGAAUUAGCGUUUAGUUUACGUUAUAUUUUAACAUAAUAAACGAACUAGACAUUGCACGUUUAAUAUCGUAUUUGAUCUCAUUAUAACAAGCAUUUAAUAUGAAUCAGUUUUAUAAUCAAAAUUGAGUGUAAUAGCAGCAGCAGUGGGUGAGAUUUAAAGUCAGAUUGACAUGAGACGAUCAGACAACAAGUGUCGUGUUUACAUUACAAGAUCAGAUCUAAUCAACAAUCCAGUGUUUUAUUACACAUUCACCAUAAUGGCAAAGUCUCUGUAUUCACAUGUAAGCUAUUGAGCUCAGGUGUUUUUUUAAUGGGAGGCGGGUUGAGCUGCUCUUGGAUCAGUGGGCGAAUCUUGCACAGAUGGCGGAGGUAUCGACUCUGGCCCGGUUGGAGUCCCUGGCCCGAUAUGUGCACAAAGCAGCCAGUGAGGGGAGAGUCUUGACGCUGGCCGCCCUCCUGUUGAACCACUCCACGGUCCAGACCCGCUACCUGCUGGAGUAUGUGACCCAGGUGGCCGGACAGAGAUCCACACCUCUCAUUAUAGCUGCUCGCAAUGGACACGACAAGGUGGUCCGGCUUCUUUUGGAUCAUUACAAGGUGGACACGGAGCAGACUGGCACUGUCAGGUUUGACGGGUAUAUCAUCGACGGAGCCACAGCUCUGUGGUGCGCAUCCGGCGCAGGCCAUUUCGAGGUGGUGCGUCUGCUCGUCUCCCACAGUGCCAACGUGAAUCACACCACCCUCACUAACUCCACCCCCCUCAGGGCCGCGUGCUUCGACGGCCGGCUGGACAUCGUACGGUACCUCGUCGAGCACGACGCCAGCAUCAGCAUCGCCAACAAGUACGACAACACGUGUCUGAUGAUCGCAGCCUACAAGGGCCACGCCGACGUCGUUUGCUUCCUGCUCGAGCGGGGCGCCGACCCCAACGCCAAAGCCCACUGCGGGGCCACCGCGCUGCACUUCGCCGCCGAGGCCGGGCAUCUGGACAUCGUGAAGGAGCUGGUGAAGUGCCAGGCGGCGAUGGUGGUAAACGGUCACGGCAUGACGCCCCUGAAAGUGGCGGCGGAGAGCUGCAAGGCGGAAGUGGUGGAGCUGCUACUCUCCCACGCGGACUGCGACACGCGCAGCCACAUCGAGGCUUUGGAACUGCUCGGGGCGUCCUUCGCCAACGACCGGGAGAACUAUGACAUUCUUAAGACCUACCACUACCUGUACCUGGCCAUGCUGGAGCGCUAUCAGGACCCCGAGAGGGUCAACGCCAAGGAGCUGCCACCGGCAGUGGAGGCGUACGGAGGGCGGGCGGAGUGCCGGACCCUGCAGGAGCUGGAGGCCAUCAGGCACGACCGAGACGCGUUACACAUGGAGGGUCUGAUGAUCCGGGAAAGGAUCCUGGGCGCGGAUAACAUAGAUGUCUCGCAUCCUAUAAUAUACAGAGGCGCCGUCUACGCAGACAACAUGGAGUUCGAGCAGUGCAUCAGACUGUGGCUUCACGCGCUGCAUCUGCGUCAGCAGGGGAACCGCAACACGCACAAGGACCUCCUGAGAUUCGCGCAGGUCUUCUCGCAGAUGGUGCACCUGAAGGAGCCGGUCCAAGCGGCAGACGUGGAGCAGGUCCUGCACGCCAGCGUCAUGGAGAUCCGCCGCAGCGUCGCCCGGGUACAGACCGCCACCGAGGCGGAGGCGGCGGCAGCUGCUGAAAACUAUGAAUCAAACAUCUUCACCUUCCUCUACCUGGUGUGCAUCUCCACCAAAACUCAAUGCAGCGAGGAGGAACGGCCGCGCAUCAACAAACAGAUCUACGACCUGAUUCGCCUGGACCCACGCUCCAGAGAGGGCUUCUCGCUCCUGCACCUGGCGGCCAGCUCCAGCACGCCCGUGGAUGACUUUCACACCAACGACGUGUGCAGCUUCCCCAGCGCGCAGGUGACCAAGCUGCUCAUAGACUGCGGCGCUGAAGUCAACGCCGUGGACCACGAAGGUAACAGCCCGCUGCAUCUCAUCGUGCAGUACAACCGGCCAAUCAGCGACUUCCUCACGCUGCACGCCAUCAUCAUCAGCCUGGUGGAGGCCGGCGCUCACACGGACAUGACCAACAAACAGAAAAAGACGCCGCUGGAUAAGAGCACCACGGGCGUUUCGGAAAUCCUGCUGAAGACUCAGAUGAAGAUGAGCUUGAAGUGUCUGGCGGCUCGAGCCGUUCGACAACAUCAGAUCCUGUAUCGAGAUCAGAUCCCCAAAAGCCUGGAGGAGUUUGUGGAGUUUCACUGAGGGUUCGGUCAAACCCGUGAAAUGGUGCUGAGGACUUCUCAAUGACUUUUUUUAUCGUUUACGGACUCGGCACAGUUUUCUAAUAUAUGCACAUUCAUAAUGCAUAAUGCGACUUUGGAGCGACACUUUAGGAUGGAGUUUUUUUAUAGAUCAGAGAUGUCGUCAAUGGACACGAGACUCUUUUCUUUCCUCAUUUGAACUCUUUGGGUUUUGGAAAGCAUUUUAAUGUGCGAAUGAUGAAUAUAGUUGCAACAAGCUGCUCUUUUCAUUUUUAAAACAUAUUAUUUUAUAAAAGGUUUAUUUAAAACAAAGUCUUAUUUCUAUUUUAUGAGAAGUCAAUAGCUGAUGUCCUGAAUCUCUUCUCUUAUUUGAAUACUAAAAUGUGCCUGUAACCAGAUGUUUAUUGUUAUUGUUGAUAUAAUUAUUAUUGGGUAUUUUUUAAUUUGCCACUGUAAAGCCACUUGCGUUCAUGAGCACAUCAUGCUGGAGCUCUAUUGAGUCACAGGGCCUUAUUCUGACGGGUGCUGUGUGUGUGUGUGUGUGUGUGUGUGUGUGUGUGUGCGUGUGUGUGUGUGUGUGUGCGCGUGUGUGAGACAGCAUGUCUUCCUGCUUUAGCAGUCUGUGUACGGUUGAAUGCACGUUUACAUGUGGUGGAAACUGAAUGUCCAGGUUUUUAACCCGUUGUGUUUUUACUCAGUUUACUGGAGAUUGUUCCGUGUCAGUGUUUUUAUUUUUAAACCAAAUCAACUAAAAAUUAAAAACAAAAAAUCAGAGA